UAAUUUGGAUUUUGUAGAUUAAGAGUCCUCAAUUCGUACAGGAGAAAAGCAGCAGCAACGCAUAUCACUGAAUUUUAUCAGGACUGUCCGCUCGUGAUUACAUACCUGUCCUCGAACAUGGAAGAUUAGGGAUGAAAUGUUCCAAAAUUUGCUAGUGGUAUACUUAUGGCUAAGCGUCUACCGCAUUGAGUCUCUUCAUUGUCAGUGUCAUGCAUAUGACGAGAGCAGUCGAGGAAUCAGUCGAGCCGGCGGCAAACUAUUUCCGGCCAUUGAGCCUUCUUUCGUAUUAUUAUUCCCUCGAAGAAACUUAGGCUUUGCUUCACUUCUAUUGGAUGUAUGUAUAAUCCGGGCAACCGUUCUCUUACGGGUGUUCUUCCUUCCCUUUAAAGUUGCCACUACUACGAUAAGCGAUGACCCCAGAUGACUCCAAGAGAACUGCAGUCGCUGAACCAGAUUCCGUUCAACCUUCAAUGGCGCCUACUCUACGGGAAUCCAAAUCCAUAGACAACUGUUCUCCCAGUUUGAUUGCAAAGCUAGCUUCUGGAAUAGUACUCGACAUACGAGCAAGGGCUCC